AUGCUGUGUGGCAUGGCAGGGCGGUGGAGCGACCUGGACGUGUGUCAGGAGUUCAGCAUGGGGGAGAUUCUGCGGGCGACAGACAACUGGGCGAGCAGCAAUGUGUUGGGGAAGGGCGGCUUUGCCACCGUCUACAAGGGCGUCUCCUCCAAGGGCGAGCUCUGGGCUGUCAAGCGCAUUGCACUUAUGUCCAACGACUUUGAAACCAAGGUGCGGGCAAUGGCGUCGCUGCGGCAUGCGAACGUGGUGCGCCUGUUGGGCUUCUGUCUGCAUCAGAACGUGGAGAGCGGCCAGCAGGAGCAGAUCCUCGUCUACGAGUUCGUGCCCAACGGGGACCUCAAGUACCACAUCCAUGACUCCAAGAGUACGCUCCCUCUCCUUGCAUUUUAA